AUGAGAAGCGGUCGCGCUGCGGGUGUAGGAGAGAGUAGGGUGCCCGGGCGCCACGAGAGUAUGACGAGGGUGUACAAGCUGGUGUGGCGGGUGCUGCACGCUCUGCUCUGCCUGCACCGCAUGCUCACCUCCUGGCUCCGUGUUUGGUCCGGCACCUGGAACUGGAUCUGGUGGCGCUGCCGUCGGGCCGCCUCCGCCGCUGUCCUAGCGCCGCUCGGCUUCACGCUCCCCAAGCUCCUGGCUGUCGGCAGGAAAGGUAGGAACCGCCGUCACCACCGGCAUCCACGCGGGGGGCCGACCCCGGCCGCCGACCACCCGCGGCUACGCUGGCGCGCGGACGGCAGUUCCCUGGAGAAGCUGCCUGUGCACAUGGGCCUGGUGAUCACCGAGGAGCAGCAGGAGCCCAGCUUCUCGGACAUCGCAAGCCUCGUGGUGUGGUGUAUGGCCGUGGGCGUUUCUUACAUUAGCUUCUACGACCACCAAGGUAUUCUCAAAAGAAAUAAUUCCAGAUUGAUGGAUGAAAUUUUAAAACAACAGCAGGAACUCCUGGGCUUAGAUUGUUCCAAAUACUCACCAGAGUUUGCAAAUAGUAAUGACAAAGAUGAUCAAGUUUUAAAUUGCCAAUCGGCAGUGAAGGUGCUGUCCCCAGAAGAUGGAAUAGUAGAUAUUGUGAGAGCUGCUCAAGACUUCUGCCAGUUAGUAGCUCAGCAGCAAAAGAAAUGCACAGAUUUGGAUGUAGAUAUGUUAGACAGUUUACUUAGUUCAAAUGGUUUCCCUGAUCCUGAUUUAGUAUUGAAGUUUGGUCCUGUGGACAGCACACUAGGCUUUCUUCCCUGGCACAUCAGGUUGACUGAGAUUGUCUCUUUGCCUUCCCACCUGAACAUCAGUUAUGAGGACUUUUUCUCUGCCCUUUGUCAAUAUGCAGCCUGUGAACAGCGUCAGAGAAAGUAGCGAUCCCUGGUUGUGUAAUUUGAUUUCAGGCUUUUGGAGAAAAGGACUCAAGUGACUCUGAUGUUUACAAAACACCUAUGAAACCCUGUACACAUCUAGUUCAUAAUCCUCAUAAUUUA